GCGGAUCUGGUGAUGGACCACAGAAACCCCCCUCCUUCCAUGGUACACCCGUCUCCUUGAGCCACAACCCCCCAAGUGGUACAAACAGAGCAACUGUUCCUAGCAAGCCGAAUGUCUUUUCAAGUUUGGAGGCUUUACUAUAUCAAAACAUUCUAAUCGACUAUUUGUUUACUGUAGCUCUGGAGGGACUUGACUCGUUCCUUUGUUCACUCUCGAAACUCGACCUUUUUUUUUUUUGUUUUUUUUCCUUCUUCUUCUUGUCAUUACCUGGUAAGAGCAAUAUGCUACUCGUCUUUGCUGCGUCUUCCGAAAAUAUGCUGACUUUGCUUAUCUCUUCGUUCUGUUCCAGUAACCAAACUCCCCACUCUUCCAAGCUCUAUUGAAACAUGGUUCAUCAGCAGCUAUUGCCCAUGGACUCUCAUUUGUCCACCAACGGAGGUGUUCUGUGCCAGCAUGUCAUAAAACCCCACCAACAUAAGCAUUCACCUGGCUUAUCCUCGGCUAGUCAAGACCUGAUUCAUGAAAUUGUGGCUAUUUACAAAGAGCUAUCCUGUCUACCGUCGCUCGAACCGGGAGCCACAACAAAUAAACUUUUCUCGAGGUUGGUUGGGAUCUGUAUCAAGCAGUAUAAAGCGGAGACUGUGUGUGAUGUCCUGGACCAUCCACAAAUCCUUCAGCUUAUCAAGCAUCUGCGUAACAUUUGCUCAACCGGCGAAUACCUCUUGGAAUGUCAAUGGAGCCAAAAAAUCAUCCAGGAUGCCUACUCGUACACUGAAAAUCAACCGGAGCUUCUUAAAAAUUUUGUAUACUACGACAACUACCACGACUUGACCAAGCUAGAGCUGCAUGCAAUGCUUGGAUGCGGCGUGGUUCCCCGAACUGUGGUGUUUGUUGGUUCAGGUCCGAUGCCCCUUUCUUCCAUUUUAUUGGCCGACAUGUGCAGCGAUACAACGAUCAUCCGUAACUUAGACAUAGAUAAAGACGCCAUCGAUAUAGCGUCAGAAUUGGUUUCAGUCAUAGGAAAAGAAAAACGCAUCCAAAACUUCCUGUGCGAUGGCAUGGAGUAUACAGGUUUUGGCCAAGCUGAUGUUAUUUUUUUAGCAGCCCUGGUAGGAUGCGAUCAUCAACAAAAAAUGCAACUCUUGAAAAGAAUUUACGAUCAAUGCAAGCCAGGAACUGCUGUGAUGGUCCGAAGUGCGCAUUCCUUGCGGGCUUUACUUUACCCAGUCAUCGAGCCUGAGGAUUUAGUGAAAUGCGGGUUUCUAGUAGACAUCGAACUUCAUCCUCAUAAUCAAGUUGUUAACUCUGUCAUUCUGGCCAGAAGAGCAUAAAUAUCGUAUAUGAAAUAAAAGUCUUAUUUGUGAAUAAAGAUGCGCUGAUUGAUAUGACAUCCGG